AUGGUUUACAGUUAUAGUCAGUCCGGAUCGGGCGUUCGGUCAGCCGAGACUACUUGUGCCAAGCGUUAAGCUCCACAAUCGAUUCCGAUUUGUCGAGCCGGUGUAUUAAACGCGACGUCGCUUAUACGCGCAUACACGCGCGAUCGCAUCGAGACGAGAGAGUUUAAGAGUGAAGUGUCGUCGUCGUCGUCGUCGUCAUCACCGUCGUCGUCGUCGUCGUCGUCGUAGUCUGUCCACCCCUGUCGACGUUUCUCUACUUUGGCCACGCAACAAGCAUCGUUCUUAUCCAAGGAUCGUACGUUCAUUCUCGGCCUCGACGAUAUCGCUACAGUUGCACCGUGUGGCCGUGCAACUUUUUUUCAAACGAACGAGUUCAACCUGGACCACCGAAACUCUCUGUGAAACUUGACGAAAUCGAAUCGAGCACAAUUAACGAUAGUGCCUUCCUCCGCUGGCAAUCGAAGGUAAUUUCAUCGGAUGCCCGAGAGAUCCAGCUGGGAAUCCCCGAAAGAAACUCGAAGCACGAGUUAUUGAUCAACUCUGGCCGCAAGCGACAGGCAGAAGAGGAGGAGAAGGAUUCGUUGGACGGAGGAACCUGAAUGACGGGAUAAAACUUGUGUCGGUCGAAGCGAUAAGGAAAAGUGUCGUGUGUUAAAACAAUUUGGAGCGAAUAAGAAGCAAAGAGGAAAUAUUUUUUCGUGAAAGAAGAAAACGUAAUUAAAAGGAAACGCAAGAAUAAUCGAGAAUUUAUAUAAAGUGUCAAUUGGAAAGUGUCGAUUGUUCUGCGUGGAAAUAGGAAUAUAAUAGAAUUGAUAUAUUUAAGAAGAUUAGCAAACGGGAUAAUAAACGGAUUCUUCGAGUUCGUCGAAGGAGAAAGCAUCGAUUUUCAUCGAAUUCGAGUGUCGUAGAGAACGAGAGCUGGUUUCUUCCAUGGACGCGCGUCGAAGAUAAUCGAACGCACCUCAGCCAGGACCGCCGACAUCCAAGGGGGUCCAAAGCGUAACUUUCCUCAGGAUAAUGCGAAGCCUGGAGAGGUUAUCGGGUAGCGAUCAAGACUGCGAUCAGGAGAUGUAUAUCGACCUAGACGACGCUUCCGUCGAUUCGCUUACCGGAAAACGAAGUCGCCACCAUGUCGUUGGCGCGGAGGUGGGUGAGGAGAGUGACAGUAGUGGCAGCGAGAGGAGCCCGAAACAAGCGAAAAGAAGAAAUCGCGGAGGACCACCGACGACGAGAAGACGAAAAAGUGGAAUUUCUGCGCGGGAAAGGAACCUGAGGAGGCUCGAGAGCAACGAGAGAGAAAGAAUGAGAAUGCAUUCCCUAAAUGACGCUUUCGAGCAACUACGCGAAGUGAUACCACACGUAAAAAUGGAAAGGAAACUCAGCAAAAUAGAGACGCUUACGUUGGCCAAGAAUUACAUAAUGGCCCUGACAAACGUCAUAUGUGAAAUGCGUGGCGAGGAGCAACCGUAUACAUUCGUCGAUGGCGAGUGUGGCUCUAGCAGCGGCGACAGCACAGGCCAAUUAGAAUUAAGUGGCGGUGAACAACCGGAAGAAGCAUCUCCAGCAUCGAUGCACGAAACUAACAACAAUAGCCUACUUCAUGAAGAUUUAGAGCGCAGGAUACCGUAGCUGGCCCAAUUGCGUGCGAAAAUGAUCGAUCCUCGUUGACAAAUCUCAGUUCGAUGAAGCUAAACUUCGUUUUAAGGCUGUCUUCUGGUAACGAACCGUGAAGAAAAAAAGAAUCGGCCAUGAAUCUUAAAGCUUCGUAAAUUAAAAGGAGUAAAAAAGAAAAGAGAAAUCCAUAGAUAACGACAGUGACAAGAAAAGAAAAAAAGAAAAAGAAGAAAAGAAAAGAAGGCUUCAUCGAACCUAAGUAAAAGAGGAACGGGAAAGCUAAGAGAGAAUCAUCGUCGUCGAAACGAUCGUGUUAAAUAGCCACUCGAGAUUUAUCGAAGAAGAUGCAAUUCGGCUUUUACGAAAUGAUCCGUCCAAGGUCGACCUCUGGAGAUCUUUCGAAGGCCAACAAGGUGCGAGGAUGACAGAAAAAGAAAAAAAGACUGACUUCACGGCCAGUCCGGCUGCAGAAUUCUCUGCUUCUUCGUCUCUUUUUUUUCUUUUCUCUUUGUCGCGAACUUUUUCUCCUCCUUUUUCCGGUGACAUCGGCCCGUUACCUUGAAACACCUCGAUCUUUCGACCACAAGCGACACCGAUGCAAAGUGGCUGAGACUAUAUCGAUUGUCACGGAUCCGUACCAUCGUUGUGCCCAUUUUCAAUGUAUUAAUCACGUGCCAAAGGUAUCCGAACAGAAACGAGGAACGAGCAAACAUCGAGAUAGUUUAGUUGGUUCGAAACGAUCGAAAGAAAUAGAAAGGGAGCGAGCUUACUGCUCUCCUUGAGAUUCGCGAUUGUUUGAAAGAAGAUAAUUCGAGAGAAGAUUGGAAGAUUCGCACGAUGCUUGGCUGGAAUUUGAAGGAUUUCGAGGUCGACGCCGUAAGAUCGGAUCGCAUCGACAACGAUAAACGAUCAGAUUGCGACUCGAUGAAAAAUAAAAAGAUAUAAAGUGUGAGAAACUGUGAUAGAAUUUCGUAUUAGAACCUCGUUGCACAUCGUGCAGCACGCGACACUGUGCUAAAUACUUUUUUGUUUCUUUGUGGUAAUCGUCUACGGGCUGCAAGUUGAAUAGAAACCGAUGGGGACGUUCGUCAGGCCGGAACGGGCCGGAACGAGCCAUCUCCGGAAGAGACGAUCGAAACAGGACGACACACGACAGCCGUUGACCGCUGCAGAGCAACAACGAACGAAAAAGAUGGAAGUGACCGCGGUAAAAAAAAAAAAUAUAUAUUCGGUUCGUUUAACGCGGUUUACGCAUCAAACGGAACGCACCGCUUCGAAAGUUAAAAUAUUUCCUUUAAAACUCUCUGUUACUACUGCCAAAUGAUUUUGAUCGGAACGUAAUGACGUUUAAAAAUUCCAAAUGAGAAAUUUUAAGCGAUUCUCGUGUCAAUAACUAUGCAAGUGGGUAAAUUGUUAAUAGAAAUAAAAAUGACAAGAGGAGAAUGAUAUUAGUGGUAGUAACAGUAAGAGAAUAGUAACGAAAAUAAUAUACGAAAAAGCAAAGGGCUCCGUUUAAUGUCUGAAUCGAGUAGAAAGAAAUGGGCGUAAGUAUAUCUGAAGACACGGACUUCGAAAAAUAACGCGUACCUUAGACAUAUACAUAUUACAUAUAUAUAUAUUAAUAUAUACGUGUGUUGAUAUUAGCACGUUGGUGAUUAAUGCGAUGUAUAUUAAUCACGAAUGUGAUAAUAUAAUAAUUUACUGUAUUAUCUCGAGAACGGGGACCAGAGACAUCGACUUAAGUUACCAGAUCUCGCUGAAAGGCGAGAUACACACGCUUCGACUAGCUUCGUACGAUCGACUCCACGAAGUUUGCGCUUCUCUCUUCGGUAAAAGAGCGGGCGAUGCAUUUAAUCGAUAAUGUUCACGGUCGAUGCACGAAACUAGUCGCGCACGAUUUUCAUCUUUCGCUUUAAACUCGAGGAUGUUUCCUUCUCUUUUUUCUUUUAUUUCUUUUUUUUUUUUGUACUUGUCUCCUUUUCUUACUUUUUUUUUUAGCGAUUCGAGCGCCAACAGUCGCUUCCUUUCGACGUUUUUCGUACGAUUACUGUUCGAUUGCGCGUAAAGUGGUCGUCGUGCAUAGCUGAAUUCUAUGCGUUGAAGUUAACGAAUAGGUUUCACGACCAAGUGAAAGUAAAAUUAGCGAAGGUGAACGAAUUUAACGAGAAUCCGGAUGUUACGCGUACGUCUGAAAAUUGUGAUACUUGCCUUGCGCUGAAAUCAGCGUUUCUACCGAAAAAAAUGAAAAGAAGAAUUAGAAAUUUAUAGAUAGUCCUCGUGACUCGUGCAGUCUGGAUUUUUCAAAACUGUUAGAAAGUUUCAAACGUGAGCUGCGUCUUCUCGUAAAAUGACUUGGACGUUUCGUCAGUAUUCCAAUUGACCUGAUCAGAGGUCCGAUUGUCAAAUUAAAACUGCAUUCUUGGACCUCUGACGAGGUUGAAUAUAAUUCGAGUGAAACGUUGACAUUACUUCGUAUAAAAGAAAAUCAAGCUACAUACAUAUGUCUAAGAAUUUGUGUCAGUUUUAACUACUUAAUAUAUAAAUUUGUGAUGUUACGAAUGGCCUGAAUAUAUUAGAGAAUUAUAGCAGUGUCUAAUAAAAAUUUCACUGUUUCUACCGUUAAAACUGUCGGAUCGUCUUCCUUUUAUUAAUGCUUGAUUUGAAAGUUUCGUAAAUAUUUCUUCCUUAACUUUCUACGAAACUAAUAGCUCUCCUGAUGUAAAGGAAAAGAAAACGCGACUACUCUAAUUGUUACGAUAUAGUAUGUACUUCGAUCUAUAGAUUAUAUUACGAUGCCUAAAUCAUGCACGAAAGAAUGUUAUAAAAGAGUGAUAUCGCUCUGUCGAAAUUUAAAUACAAACGAACUUUAUAUUUGUGUGUGUGAAGCUUCCAGCUCUGUUUGACGUAAUAUACGAUUACUAUAUAAGAAAGUGAUAUGCAUGUUAAAUCCUUAGUAAUUAAUAGUGUCGCUAUGAUUUUCAUUUAACAUAUUGACCGAGCACGAAACAUUCGAAAAGAGAAAAGCAGAAAUAGUUUAAAUAUUUCAUCGUAUCGCAUCACCACUUUUAUAUUGUUUCCUUGAUUUUCCUCAUUUUUAACUAUAAUAGAAAAAAUUAUACGUUUCGAGAGCAUCGAUCAUAUCCACUUAAUAAUGGUUUUCAAGGAUAUACGCGAUUAAGUACCAUAAGAUACGAGUAAAUAUAAAAAAGAAGAAUGUAUAUAUAGGUACUUGAGUUAUGUUUCUAUGUAGUAUAUAUUAUGUAUAUGUACACACAUACGCAAAAUUAUCUAUAACAUAAUUAUAUAUAUAUAUGUUAUAUAUAAUUAUAUUAUAUAUAUAUAUAUAUGUAUGUAUGAAAAUAUAUUUUCUAAACGAAAGAGUUUUAUAAGUGACCAUAUUCUGCAUACGCAUUUGCGUGCAGUCGUGUGUAUACACGCACAGCGGUUGUGCGUUUGUACAUGUAUCGUUGAAAGAAAAAGAACGUAAGAAACAAUAUAUGCAUAUGUAGAUAUGUAUACAAAUGUAACGGAGUAUAUAUUAUGUACAUUGUAUUCGAUUCAAAAGUGCACAAUCACUUAUUUCUUGGUCUACCGAAUAAAAAGUUUUAUCGAAGAUCUAAUUUAAAAAAUGAAAGUAGUAGAACGGUAGAAAAUUUAAUAUUCUUUUUUAAUUUCUAUAGACUUAAAGAGUCAGUCUUUUAUCUCGUUUAAUAACUAUCUGCAUUUUUAUUGUAAUCAUAAUUAUCUGCAGAUAUCGGAUCUAAAGAAAAAAAAUUUAGUCGUAGUCGAAAGAAAUCGAAAACGAAUUUCUCUCUUUCUCUCUCUCUCUCUCUCUCUCUCUCUCUUCUUCUUCUUCUUCUUCUCCCUCUACUUUGUUCAUCUAUAACCGCAAUACUUACAAAACUACCAAAAAUCUAAAUUUCUCUUUAAACUCGGAGAGAAAGAAUCUCUACGAAUUCAAUUCUCCAAUCAAUGUGAACUAACUUGAUAUUUCAAAUAAUUUAGAUCGUGCAUGGAUAUUGCCAUUAAAAUCGGGGCUAUUAAAUUAGAUACUAUUAGAAUAGUACCUAAAAAUUAUUUAUCACUCUAUGUAAUUAAUUUAGCAUAAAUCUUCACGCGAUACUAAUUUUACGAAUCAAUGAUUACAUAAAAUUGUUCAGGAUUGAAAAACUGUAUGAGAUUAAUGAAAAAUAUCGAUGGCAGCUAAUAAUCAAAAAAAUUGUUCGAUUUCAUCGUUACAUUUUCAUACUGGAAAGUUUUUCCUCUCGCGAGUAUGUUUGUUAUAUCUACGACAUCUAAGAAAUAAUUGAAUGUGUACGACUAAUCCGGAUGUAAUGUACAAACACAGAAAGGCACGUACGUGCACGAAGAGUUUGCGCACACGUAUAUAAGCAUACGAUUAAAUAAUGGACACGAACGUCGCGAGAAACGGAAAUAUAUUGUCUUACAAUGAUGAGUCUCAAAUGCGGGAACUUCCUUUCGUAUGUAAGAAACAAAAUGAAAUUAUCGCGAAUUGAUAUUUUUCGUUUAGGAUACGUAUGAAUGCUAACUCUUCUCUACUUCCUUUCUUUCUUGCGUUUUUGUUCGUUGAAAAAAUCCCAGAAAGAACCAAUAUAUAUGUAUAUCGUGCAAUCUUAAAACCGAAUUUAACGUUAACGAUAGAAAGUAUGAAGAAGUUCCACGCCAUAUUUUUCAUGGUUCUCUAAAUGUAAUUGUGCUCUUUCGAAGGAAUAUAACGAUCGAAGCUAACGGUGAUACACAUUUACCAUCCAUUACAAUUUCAUACUCACGAUCAGAAUUGCGUAAUUCAAGAGAAAAAAAACAUAUUCCUAUGCCACAUAUUAGAUUAUAUUGCGCACCAUAUUAUUGUUAUCGCUAUGAUUACUCUACGAUUUGUAUUAUUAUUAUUAAUUAUUAUUAUUAUUAAUAUAAUUAUUAAUAUUAUUAAUAUUUUAUUGCUGUAGUUUAAUGUCACGUUAGUACAAUUCUUGUCAUUUCGAGUCGAUCGGCGCACAUACGCGAACUCUUUGUAUCAUGAUGAACAUGGAUCAUGAUAUUAUUUAUCGUUAACAAUGAAAGGAACUGAGUAAAAAUAGUAUUUGCAAUAGAAAGUAAUCACGCGCAAAAUUUCCUGUGCUUCUCAUUCGAUAAUCGAUACAUCGUAUUUUCUUGAAAAUUGAUCGUAACUGAACAUACGAAUCGACCGUCAUUUCUUCCUGUUUCUAUUCCGAAUGCUAUUUUGUUCGGGUCUGAUAACGAGUUACAGAAUUUUACUAGCGUACGUACAUAGACGAACGAGGGGAAAAUUUUGUGAAUACGGUAACAAAUAGAUGAUACGUUGAUCGAAUAUUACACGCAAAGCAUAAUAUACUUGUAUGUAGAUACUAAAGGAAUUUUUCGAAACAUAUUCUCCCUCGAUCGAACAACCACUAUUCAUCUAACAUUUCAACACGCAUAAAAUACGCGCUCAUAUGUCUUGCGAUAUAAAACGGUAUGCAAACGAACUUUUAAGCGAAUCAGUCUCGUUCGUUAAUAUUACUAAGGUACUUAAUUUCUGAAAAUAACAGGGUGCAAUUUUCUACGGCAUGUAUUCAUCUUUUAAUGUUCUAAAUGGAACUUCCUUGAUUUUGUACACGAAGAAGAAAAGGAUUAUUUUAUAGUCAGACGAAAGAAAUUUUGACGAAACUUGGAAAUAGCUAUGAAGAAAAGAAUUUGAAGUUUCUAGCGUCGAUUUUGUUUGACAUAAAUAUGUAAAUCUCACCAUUGAAACGCGAAAUGGAAUAUAUGGGCAAAA